CUCUAUUAGGUAGAACGCGGGCGCCAGGCGCGGCAGCGGCGGGCUGCUCCGGGUGACGUGGAGGAAUAGAGACAGAGACACGGCGGAAGGGUGCGCGCCGAUCCUCUCCCGAGCGCCUUCAGAAAGGUUUCGUCCCCCCCGUCGUCCCCCCCCCGCAUGGCGAAGUGGUAUUGCCCUCCCCGAUAAAUACUGCCGGCCGAGGCCGCCUGUCCGUUAGUUCUGGGGACUUAGACGUGGGGCGGUAGCUGGUAGAGGGCCUUGCAGAUGGGGUAACGUUGUGCUCUGGAGAAAAGUUCCUCCUGAAGAGAACGAGAGCUGCUGAGGACGUUACCCUGAGUGUGGGCUGCGGGCGGUCCCCGGUGGGAGGGCUCUCUCUGCACCACCCCUCAGCUGUUCCGGGAGCGCUGCUGCCCGGCCGGGGAGGGAGGACUACGGGCCUGAAAGGAAGCUGCCCUGAAAAAUGGAUCUGGCGCUUCAGCUCCUCAAAAGCACUAACAGUAGCAUUUCCCUAGGGGUCUAGGAACCAGCUAGAGGUGUGAUGUCGAAGGUGGUGGUGAAGGAGAACCAGCCAGCAGGCCCCCAGGAGGUGUGCGAGGCUGGCUCCCGAAGGAGAGUCUGGGGGCUGAUGGUCACUGCUGGUGUCAGUGGGACCUUGGUGGCCUUGUAUGCGGUGGUCACCCCUUUUGUGACCCCUGCGCUGAGGAGAGUGUGCCUGCCCUUCGUUCCUGCAACUUCCACCCAGAUCCAGAAUGUGCUGAAAAUGUUAGAAAACAGAAGUGGCUCCCUAGUUGACAUUGGUAGCGGGGAUGGCCGUAUUGUGAUAGCAGCUGCAAAAAGGGGAUUCAAAGCUGUUGGUUAUGAAUUAAAUCCCUGGCUAGUCUGGUACUCUAGAUACCGUGCAUGGAGAGAUGGGGUACAUCAGAACACCAAAUUUUAUAUUUCAGACUUAUGGAAGGUUUCAUUUUCACGUUAUACGAAUGUUGUUGUUUUUGGGGUACCUCAAAUGAUGCCAGAGUUGGAGAAGAAGCUAGAAGAAGAACUUGAAUGUAAUGCCAGAAUCAUUGCCUGUCGUUUUCCUUUCCCUUGCUGGGUCCCAGAUCAUACUACUGGAGAGGGAAUAGACACUGUGUGGGCCUAUGAUAUGAAACGUUCUAGAGGGUGUGAAACAAAAAUCUUGGAAAUUACACCAGAGACAGAAUUGUAAACAUCUUGGUUUUGUGCUGAAAUUUUCAGCUUUGACUUCACCUGUUAAAGACCAGACUAACAUGAAUAGAGCCGAGGAUUUGGAGAUACAUAUUCACUAAAAUAACUGAAGUACACUGGUUAUGUGAAAGCACAAAAAUGUUAGUGAAACAUGUAGUGAAAUGGCUUAAUGUAGUUAGCAAAAAUGAUGAGAAAGUUUUAUGAAGUGGCAAACUUUAAUAUGGAAAAUGGUAUAAAACAUGGUUCACUACUGUUAAGGGGAAUAUAUGUAUAAGUUAAAAUGCUCAAAUUGGCGAACUUAAUAUGUGCAUUCUUUCUGAUCCUACAUAGCAUUUGUUAUUGGUGUUGGAAGUGGUGUGCAAGUGGCUUCUCAAAUGAGCCAUGGUGCCCAACUGUCUUCAUUAUGUAUGCCAAGUAGGCAUAAUGCUGCAUACAUCAAACCGAUGCAGACUGAGUAUGGUGAUGACACCAGUUUUACACCUCAACCUUGAAUAUGUGUUUUUAAUGUUGAAUGUGAUAAACCAAGCAAAUACAACAAGUUGUUUAUUCAUUAACACAAGUACAGCCUUUGAUUAUAUUAAUUUAUUUUUAUUUAACUUGUUAUCUGAAGACAAUACUGCAGAAAAUGAGCUCUUACUGAACAGUUAUUGGUGUAAGCCUUUGCAAAUAACCAUGAUUUUUCCCAACCUCUCUGAUUUAGGAAGGGUUUCAAAAGUCACCUUCUUGGCAGUGAUGUGUCACUACUUCUGUAUGUUUAAACCAUGGGUAAGGUAUGGGUGAGACUUUAGUGUGUCAUGAAGACUGUCUCUGAUUCCAGAACUAGUUGGUCUGGUUAUCUUGGUUAAAUCUGAUUAGACCUCCUUUAAUUUAUAGUUAGAUUGUAAGGAAGGUUUUCAAUCAGGCUUCUUUUUCGCCUCUACUUUGCUGAGCCAUGCCAUCUGAUGAGAUUUCAAACUCGUGGCAUUGGUUCAUGGCUUUUCCUUGGAAGUGAAACAAGUUCUCCUGGUCUUUUUGCUGAUACUGGUUUGCAGUGGGGUGCUGGCACUGCUGUGAUAUUUUUCUUUUCUAAUAUAGUUACAGCACUCUUCUAUUUUUUUUAAUUCUGCUUACUUGGUCUUUCUUUUGGUUCCCAUGUAAGAUUUGACUGUUUUCACCCGUUAAAAGUUCAUAGUUAGCCUCCCUUGAACCCAGUUAAUGUACAGACUAUUUGUUAAGCAGUGACUAUGUAAGUUUGUCAGACCUUUGCAUAUAUGAUACCUAUAGAACGAAGCUAAAACAGGCUAGGGAAUUGUCACCUGACUUCUAGGCAAUCGUUACCGCAGAUGAAAUUAGCUCAGGCCAAGAUAAGUGCUGAGACCCUGUAAUUUCAGGUAAAUACAAAGCCUGUGACAUUUUAUUAGGCAUUGGGAAAGCACGUUUGCUGGACUAUAGUAUGUGACUUGAAGAGAAGUUAAAUGUUAUUUGGGAUGUAUAGUCUUCAGUUACACAUGUACCCAGGCUUUUCUUUUUUUUUUUUGGUGGGAGGAGGAAGGAGAAUGUAAAAUAUAAAUCUACACUGAGGAAUUGAAAUGCAGCAGUUGAAUAGUUGCAUCCUGAUAAUGUACACAAAGCAGGAAAAGAAAGAGGCAAAUAUAUCCACUCUGGAGUCGGCAAAGGAGAGAUGAUUUCAGCCUUGGGUGGCGAGGCACAGCUGUAAAUGUGGAGACUGUAUGUAUUGAAGAACACUGAUAUCUGGCAAGCUGUCUUUUACAACCUUUCACUGCAGUGUAACAUAGUGCAUCUUGUAAAACUGUACUAAACUUUUUCUACUGUGAUUUAAGUGUUAUAAUUAUUACGCAGUGACAGGACAGGGCUACAGUGGCUUUAUCUAAACUGGCUGAAUUUACUUUAAUAUCCCAAGGCCAUAAAACUGGAAUGUCAGACAAAGGAAAUCUGACAUGAUUUCUAUUGAAAAAGACCAUACAAAGGGUAAAUUAGCUAAUCAAUCAGAGUCCUUCCCUGAAUGAUUAUAAAGGAAAAGAGGAGACAAAAGACUUUGAACAAGUGAAUUGUGACUUAUCUGCAGUGCAGUGCUUUGACACAAGUUUUUACUGCCUAUUUUCAGUAAAGUUAGUUUGCAGGGAAUUAAGCUGAUACUGUUUCUACUGUGUUUGACUAUAUAUUUGUCUAUUGCAUUGUCAUUUGCCUGUUAAAACUGAAUUUCUCAAUUCUGCCUAUGGUAACUUCUUAGUACUUCUUAGCUACCACCUAUUGCUCCAGAAAUAUUUGUUGAAGAGGGUGAGAUAGAAUUAAUGAUGUGAUGGCCUGAGCUCCAGGAGUACUAAGUGCUGUCCUCAAGGCAAGGAGAGAUUUAUGAAUGCUUUUAAAGUGAAGCAGAGGGCUGGUUCUUGCUCUGGCCAUUUACUUUUGGGGACCUAAACUGGGAUAGACAGUGGUCUGAAGGGUCAGUAUUCCUUGUUACAUACGGAAAUGUGCUGUAUUUCCUGUUGCCAUGGCUGAAGUGUGAAAUGGAAAGCAAAUCACAAACUCACAGAAUGGUGGGGGUUGGAAGGGACCUCUGGAGAUCACCUAGUCCAACCCCCCUGCCAAGGCAGGUUCACCUAGAGCAGGUUGGACAGGAACGCAUCCAGGCGGGUUUUGAAUGUCUCCAGAGAUGGAGACUCCACCGCCUCUCUGGGCAGCCUGUUCCAGUGCUCUGCCACCCUCAAAGUAAAGAAGUUUUUCUUCGUGUUCAAAUGGAAUUUCCUGUGUUCCAGUUUGUGCCUGUUGCCCCUUGUCCUGUCACUGGGCACCACUGAAAAGAGUCUGGCUCCAUCCUCUUGACACCCACCCUUUAGAUAUUUAUAAGCAUUGAUGAGGUCCCCUCUCAGUCUUCUCCAGGCUGAACAGACCCAGGUCUCAGACUUUCCUCAUAAGACAGAUGCUCCAGCCCAUUGAUCAUCUUUGUAGCCCUCCGCUGGACUCUUUCCAGUAGUUCCUUGUCUUUCUUGAAUUGGGGAGCCAAGAACUGGACACAGUACUUCAGAUGUGGCCUCACCAGGGCAGAGCAGAGUGGGAGGAUGACCUCCCUUGACCUGCUUGCCACGCUCUUUUUAAAGUACCCCAGGAGACCAUUGGCCACCUUGGCCACAAGGGCACAUUGGUGGUUCAUAAUCAACUUGUUAUCUACUAGGACUGCCAGGUCCCUCUGCAGAGCUGCUUUCCAGCAGGUCGAUCCCUAACCUGACCAAAGUCAUCUCUCCUGAAGUCCAGGGUUGUAAUCCUACUUAUUGUCCUACUUCUUCCAUGCGGGAUCGUGAACUGCACCUUCACACGGUUGCUGCAGCCACGGCUGCCCACAACCUUCACAUCCGCAACCAGUCCUUUUUUUGUUGGUACAAGGUCCAGCAGUACACCUCUUCUCGUUGGCUCCCCCACCACCUGUGUCAAAGUUAUCAUCAAUGCUGUGCAGAAACUUCCUGGACUGUGUAAGUCUGACUCUAAUGCCUUUCCAGCAAUUAACAGGGUGGUUGAAGUCCAGGGCCUGUGAUUGUGAGGCUGUUCCCAGCUGUCUGUGAAAGGCCUCAUUGACUUACUCUUCCUGAUCCAGUGGUCUGUGGUAAACACCCAUAACAGUGUCACUGAUAUUAGCCUGCCCCUUAAUUCUUACCCGUAAGCUCUCAACACGUUCUUCAUCCACCCCUAGGCAAAGCUCCAUAUGUUCCGGUUGCCCUCUAACAUAAAAAGCAACUCCACCACCUCGUCCCGCUGGCCUGUCUUUUGCCCUAAUUUACAAAGGGGGACUGGGAAAGCAUUUUCUUACAUUGUCCUCAAUUUUUCUAUCACUUGCUAUGUUCAUUUGAUAGUUUACGAGAUUAAAUACUUAACUGUGACUUCAGUUAUCACUGCAUGGAUUAUUACGUUGAUACACUUCAAUUAGUAGGGUAGUGUAUUAUGAUUUCGUUGAUAUGCUACUUCAGAGUACAAAUUUGUUUCUUCUGAAAACCAGGAAAGCCUUAGAGAACUGGUUUAAUCAAAUUAUAGAGUAAGUCUGAAGCCAAAAGAAGGAAACCUUCAGGCUACACGUGCUGUUCAAUACCAAAGUAAUUCAGAUACGCAGAAAAACCUAUAGAUUAUCUUUGUUUAUGUCUUCUAGUAGAAUCACUUGCCUUUUGGGAGUCACUUGUUUCAUUCCAUCCUUGCCCUGCCAGAUCUUGGCAAAAAAGUUGCUACGUUGCUGAAUGAGUAAUGCUUUCCUGAAAUAUUGUAGAAUUUCAUCUGUUUGACUCCUAGAGAACUCUGACCUGUAUUAUUUUCAGACUUUCAAAUUUUUUCUUUUUCUUUUCUCUUUUUUUUUUCCCAUUGAGACACAUGAUGUUCCCACAAGGUUUGUGAUGCAAGAUCAGUUGUACCAAUGCAGUGCUUGAGUGCUACAAUUCUAAUUUUGUAGUUUUCUAUUCUGCAUAAACUUGCUUUCUAGGGAGAAGGAGAGGGGUAUGGCUACAAGAGAGCCAUCUGAUAUGCAGGUUGCUCAGUAUAGUAUGCUGCACAGUCACAACAGCUAUACAGCAAUGUCAGACAAGCGUGUCCAGAUUUGUUUGUGAAACGUGCACACAUUUUGUGAGCUUUAGGCAUUUCCAUGUUUACUGGGUGUAUUGAAGUUCUUGACUUAUCUUUUGGAGUCUGAUAAAUGCUGUCACUUAAUCUAAUAUUGCUCUAAGGAAGUUAAUCCUCUGUCUCUGAGCUGCUGUUUAUUUCGGACUCAUGAGUUGUAGCUGAGUAAGAAGGUACAGAAUCAAAUUUAAAAUAAGCCGGUUGAAUGCGUGGGGUCUUUGGCGGGGGGAAAGUUCCAAACCCAAGGCUUUGGGAAAGUCUUUCACCCUUAAUGAAGGACACAGCUCAGCAGGUGACAGAGAUCUCCUGAAUUCUGCAUAAAUUUUUUUAAGAAUGAUUUGAGCUUUGCUCUUCUCGUGUGUGUGUUCUUUAAAAAUUAUUAGCAUGAUAAUACCAUUCUAAGAACAAGUAAAUAAGAAGUAAGCAGAGGUAGCAUUUUGUUUAUCUCUUAUAUUUUGAGCUAUGAGAGGAAAGAACGAAGGGAAUCUUAUGGCCCAAGUAUGACAGUUUGAACUAUUGCAAAAGUAGUUUGACAGACUUGCACAUCAGCUGUGCAUAGUUCUCUUUGGAUAGGAGCAUCUGUAUGAAGGUUGGGCUGUGAUGAGCUUUCAUUCAGAAAUGGGUUCAUGUCUGAUACCACUACACUUGAAUGAACACUAAUUCUUGAUAGACCUCAGACUUCUGUAGUUUCAUUUUUCAUGAUGGUUUACAAGUACUGAAGUAUUUAUUCAAGAAAGGACGUGAAUCCUUCAAAUUCAUGAUUGAAGAGGGCAGCUUAACAUCAGAUUUAAUGACAGUAAGUUCUGCUCUGAGUGAGGUUUGGUUUUUUACAUUUGCCAAGUUUGCAGUUCUUUAGUUUUACAAUGUAGCCCCGGCUUGUUUUUCAGAAGUAACAUGUUUCUUCUAGAAGACUUCUUGAGUUCUUGAUAAGACAGUGUGGCAUCUAUGUUUAACUUAGAAGUCACACUUGAGUGAGAUAGCUGCAGAAUUAAUAUUUUCAGUAUUUUUCUUUGUAUGAUAAUCUUUCCCUCAGUAAAGCAUACACGAAUGAAUAGAGACUUAUACAUGGAUAGUUUUCUGAAUUCUUCCUCUUAUUUAGUGUUUGCUUUUAGUUUUCAUAUUGUCUUUUUACAAUUUGACUAUUUGACUUCAUAAAUUCAUCAGAUCUUCUCACUUUAAUUUUUUUUUUUCUGUAAACUAGUUGCCUUUUUCCCCCAUCAACUUUGCAGGAAGACUAAAUAUGUUAAGGAAUGUCUUCUUUCUCUCUAACAUUUGAAUGUGUAUUUAACUAACCUCCUUGAUUUAUUUAGCAGCCCAUAUGCUGACAUAGCAUGACUUUUGUUUCCAGUAAAUGAAAGAAAAACACAUCCACCCAUAUGGUAUUUAGACUGAAAAAAUAGCCUUGGUCUACAACAAUUCUGACUAUUUAGUAGUUUUAAGUACUUAAUUUAACAUUUUUAUUAUACUUCACCACUUGGUAAAUGAAUACAUGCCUUUUAUCCGUUCAGUAGUUCUUUGGAUAUGAGUUAUUUGUUCAGGUGGGACUUUUGCUGAUUUCUUUUUCUUAGUAUAAAUUUGGGGUUUCUGUUGGAGGCUCUGGUUGAAAUGUCGGACUGAUGUUUUUCCUGCGAAUUGUGGCGUAGUCCUUGAAAAAUCACUGUAAUACAAUCCAGUGGAUUGCUGGCACUGGUAAAAAAUUAAGUAAAACCUGCUUACCAGUAAAUGUGUUGGGGAUAUUUUUCAGCUUACUGCAUAUGUUGUGGUUUUUAAAAAUAAAGUAGGUUUUUGAAGACCCAUAUAAAGCUUGUGGCAUAAAGUUUUGAGGUGAGCAGAGGUCUUUGCAAGGUCAGAAACAGUAAAUUAAUGGCUUUCAACCUGAGGUUUGUGGGUACCUUCUGAGGAAUCCACAAAAAGUAAUUUAACAAGUAGUUCUACUAUCAGCAGGUUUAUGUUUGCUGCCCUAUUGCUAUAAUUGCAAUAUACUGCUAUAUUUGUUGUGUCCUUCCAUUGGAAAAUUUUAAUGUGUCUGAAAUGAACGCUUGAGAAUCCCUGAACUAAAAAUAUGGGUUUACUUCAUAUUUCACUACAUGAGAGCAGCCACGUGGUUUUGCGUAUUCCCAUUGCAUUCUAAUAAUUCUAGCUUUUUAGUUAAUCUAUGAUAGAUCUGCUUUAAGGCUUUUUGGGUUUGGUUUUUUUUUUUUUGGAACUGCUUAAACAUGAAACUUGUAUUUUAAAAACACCUGAUCAGCUGCCACUGAAACCUGUCUAAAUAGACUAUGGACUCCUUAAUGCUGUACUGUCUGUGUCUGUCCAUGCCAGAACUCUGAUUUAGAUGAGGAGAAAUGUGUUUAGCUCUUGCAUAAGUUCUCUUGUUUCUUGAUUGAAAAUGGACAUGUGAGGAGAGCACACAAAAUGAACAAUAAAAACUAGAGGAUCAGUGUAAGUUCUGGAAGAGAAAAAUGGGAGUGCUGUGGGUCAUAGCCAAAAUCUAAAGGGUCUUCUCUGUCACUGUCACUCUAGCCCCCUAAGGUUUGAUGCUGUCUUUUUUUUUCCUAAUAUUAUGUAGCACUUCUUCAAAAUGUACUUAUUUUUCUGUCUUUCCCAUUGUUUUUUCAAGCUUUUCAGAUUGUACACACAAAACAAAAUAGUUUGUGUUCAAAUGGACCAUUCUCUAAACUGUCUACAAGAACCCUCAUAAUCUGUGUUCAUGUAUAUUUUAUUGCUGCUUCCUUUUUUUCAGCACAUGUAGAAGUUGAAUUUAUACUCUGACUACCUUUUAUGCUCAAUGCAUAAAUAAACUUUGUGGGUAUGAUCAAUACCAAUUAAGAUUAUUUGUAAACACGGAUCUCACACUGAAGCAAUUCUAAAAAGAUUUUGAGCAGGAAUAGAACAAGUAAUGGUCAUGAUGUGAAAAUACCAAUGUUGCUUGUUGACAGGGAUGGUGGCGUCUCAGGCCAUUCAGAUACUUUUAAUUUCAGUUGUCAGUCUCAAGCAAGCCAGGGAAUGAAAGACAACUAGCAAAGCAGCACUGUUGUGUGGCAUUUUAAAAUAAAUUUCUUUUCUAACACUAUCAUCACAGGCGGCGUUCUGGUUUCAUUUGAUUGUUAAGUACUCUUACUGUUCUGAUAAAGAGUAUGUUGGUGCAAGAAUACUAUUGGCUGAGCUAAAGCAACUAGUGGGCAUCUUGAAGUGCUUUUCUAUAGUACUUUCAGAUAAUUUCUUUAUUUACCCUUCCUCUUUCACAACAAGAUAACUUCAGAGUGACAGCAUUACAGAUUUAAAAUGGAAACUACAUUUAUCACCCUUAGAAGUUAAAGAUUAGGAAGCAGCUUCUAAUAUGAAAAACGUUGCUGGCUUCGGCAACUGGGUUUUAUUUACCAGAGCGCAUUCAGUAUAAUGUAGGUCAGAUCCAGACUGACUUAACGAAUGGUUUAAGUUUCUUAGAAGAAGUUAGCACUUUCUGUAAGCCUCCUGGACAUGAAAUCUGUAUUAGGUUGUUUGCUUAUUCUAAUAAAACUGCUGAUCAAACAGCACUCUUCUCAGGCUUAUUUGUCUACUGCAUGAAAAUUAGGUAGUCUAAGCACUUUCCAGGAAAAAGGAAACCCGGAUGCUGGAUCUUUCAUGAGGCUUUGCCUAUAGCUGUUUUCCUCAUGUUUGUCUGUACUUUGGGUGGUUGCGAACAUCAGAUGAUAAGAGUGGGGACUUUUGCCCACUUGGGUGAUAUUUACACUGUCUCUAGUAAGGAUGAAUUAGAGCCUGAAGCAUACCUUUAAUCCCUUUCAGGCUAAUGAAUCAAAAGUGAUCCUUUCUCUGGUAUUGUUUUAAUCUGACUCUGGUAAAAAUUUCAUUUUCACGGGUGUAAAACUAGAUGUUGCUUAUGAUUCAUAUAUCUUUCUGUUCUGUUGUAUGCCCGAAGAAUCUAUGUUGGCGAUACAAGUCUCUUUCCAUUUCUGUGCGAAAUGCACAGUGGAUGUUUUAUUGGCCUUGAGUGCCUUUAUUACUGUGGUGAGAGAGUGUUCCCUCCUGGUGUUGGAUAUGCAGGUGACUCACUGUCUGAGCUUGGGAGUGCCAGGGUUGUGAAUGAUGGAGCUUUCUUGUUGGGGUGCUCCAAGCAGUGCUGAACCCAAGGAUACCAGAGCUUAAGCUCCACAGCAGAUAACCUCAUAAAAAGUAUUGAGCUUCACUUUGUAUUUAUUGUUGUUAGCAACCUCCUCCUCCCCAGUCACUGCCUUCCCGCUCUCCCAAAUGAAUAGCCCUCCCCAAACCUCAUUCAUCAGACUGUGCUUUUUGGUUUUCAGCUGCUGGUACAAAUGACCGCAUUACUUUCCAGCUUUGUCUAGCCCAUGAGCCUAGUGAGGCCUUCCCAGGUUAUGUUGCAGUGUAAGCAGGCUCAAUUGUACCUUCAGCUGUCUCAGUCAAGGGUCUGCUUAAGAAAUCCUUGUGGUCUGUGAAGACACUGAAACAAGCAGUUCUGGAUGCUGAAGGCUUCCUGAAGCUUGCUGUCUUACCAUGACGGGACACAGCAUCAAUGUUUUUGCUGGGCUUUUAUAAAGACUGCUUUAGCGCUGCUGACUUUGAUCUCCCCCAAUUUAGGAACUCUGCAAAGCAGAGGAUAAUUUCACUCCAGUUUUCCUGAUGCCUGAUAGUAGUAGAAUAUUGUUCUUUAGUUUUACACUGCUGUCUGUUUCUGGCACAGCUUAAUUAUAAACUUUCCUUCACUAGAGGGAAAGACCUAACACCAGAGUUCUCCCUUUCCAGCACAUACUUAAGAGUAAGGCUCUUUAACUGAGGGGCUUCCCCUUUGGAAAGUCUCUCAGCAGCACAAAGAUCCUGUACCAGUGGAGAUGGGAAGCCUUUCUCUCAAAUUCCUGUUGCCGAUACAGAUGCUAAUUGUCAGGGCCACUACUAGGAACAUGGUUUUCCACCAAGAUGUGGUAUAAUUACCCGUGGCUUAAGGUUAGUUCAAAGGCGUUGAUACUGAGUCUGGUUUGGAGGCUUAGAGUAGCAGGACUCUCAGACUGUUUGCCUUUUUUGGGAAAUGUCAAAAAUCAAGUUUUGCUUCUUAUAGUAGCAUAAUUUCUUUUAUAUGUCAAUAAAAAAAUCACAAUAUAUUGAUAUAAUGAAAAUACAGCAAUAAUCUUCUGAUAUGAAUACUCUGGCAAUAGACUAAGCUGAAUGUUACUGAAUGGAGAUUUCUAGGUUGGAGAAAGACACAAGUCCCUUCAGUAAUCACAUGUUGCUCUUAUUAACUUUGAGAGAAUUUGUUUGCACGUGUUUAAAAAACCCCAAAAGUAGAUGCAGAAGAUGGCAGUUGGAAUGCUAGUUAUUAGUUUGCAUUCAGCCCUGCAGUAAAAUGCAAUGUUUAUACAGCAGUAUUCAUUUUCAAACUGCUACUGAAUAGUAAAUCUAGCAACACUUUUGUAGAGUUGGCUGGUGUUAUCUUCACCCUUUAUAAUUGCAAAAACUCAAGCAAAAAGAGAAUUUGUUCAAGACCACAGAUGUAAUCGGUGGCAAUGCUGUGAUUAAAAUGAUUAAGUCUGCAACUGCAUGUCUGUGUCUACAGCUGGAAGAAUGUAUUUUUUUAAUUGGCUGCUCCUGAGGGUGGCAGUACCUGUGCGCUUUCACAACUGUGGAGCCAGAGAUAUAAAGGUCAGAUGCUCACACAUGCGAUUUAGUGCCUUCUUACUGCUUAUGACUGCAAGACAUAGCACCUACCGUGGUUGUGUCUGUCACGUUCAUGAUCUUGGUUUUGUCUUAUGUUUUUAUUAGCUGGUAACUACAUUUGGUGUCUCGGGGUUACUGCUUUUAACUGCAUUUGCAUCCUUCUGUCUCUGUUUAUACAUGCUACCUUGGAGUAGGGCUCAUAAUUUGUAUUGAAGUAUAUGGCUUUGCACAGUGUACUACAUCUUGGUCCAUUUUUGUGUGAGAGUCAGUCUGGUUCUUCUCUAUUUUGAUGCUUUCCAUUUUUUAUGACAGAGGAGUUCAAAUCCUUGAACAACUUAAAUCUGUGGUUAAUGAGAGUAUUAAAACAUAAAUUGGCUACAGUCCUGCAUAGGUAUCCUGACUUUCAUAUCUUUUUGUUUUACUUUCCUUAUAACUUUUUUUUAACCUUUAUGCAUAUUUUGUGUCUUAAUUCCCUGAGGACAAUUCACUAAACAUAAAUGAAACUUGAUUUUUCUCUUUAUGAAGUCAUCAGAUUGAUCUGUCAUGGCCUGUGUUAGUAAGCCUACAUGUUCUCAUUUCUCACUUUUAUUUUUGUAUUUGUAAGUGUUCGUGGGUACAAAUGAGAUGAAUUGAGAGAUGAUCUAUUUUCCUUAUGCCCUAAUAACUUUAUCCUGCAUCAAAAUAGCAUGUAAAAUUGAAUGAAGAAGUUUUCUGUUGGUGUGACUUGUCAACAGCUCUUGCUGUCAUAACUUUCUGUUCACACCCAAACUCAUUUUGCCCUGACGUAACCACCAGUUUUAAGUACAGUUACUGUCUUGAUCUUCUGGUUCAGAAGCUGUUUGGUAGUGAACAGUUUAACCAGCUGAAAACCAGCACUGAUGCAUGUUGUAUUUUUCUGCUUGGAAAACAGGCUGCUGAAAUCAUCUGUGGAAUCUUCCUAGAUUAGUUGCUUUGACUAUUUUUUCUAAAAUAUGAGGCAACAACUUGACACCAACUCUAAAUAUGAACAAACCCAUGGCAAAAUGCUUUCUCUACCAUAUGCAGGAAAAUGUGUAUUAAGCAACAUAUGAACUAAUACACUAAUUCCACCAUGGCAAUCAAAUUGCCUAUCUACCAGUUAAGUAAAUAGUCAAAGUUUGUCAGCCCAGGAACAAAGCUGUAAACAGCAUUGCUGGUUUCUGCCUCUUAUCGCAAAAUCAUCCUAGUCUUGCCAAAAAAAAAAAAAAAAGGCAAUUCAGAAUGAGUAUACAGAAAAGGCUGCUUGAGACAGUUUUCUAUGCAGCAAAAUGAAUUACUUGUUUGGGGUUGUUUUCCCCCUAGUUGAAAAAUUCCCCAGCCCUGAGACUGAAAGGGUUUCCUCUGCAUGGCCUCAUGCAGAGUAGUACUUUGCUUCAAUAUGUUCACACAUGUUAUUCAUACCACUAGAAUUACAUAAAAUAGGAAAAGGUGCUAGGGAGAACGGUAGUCACCAACAAUUAGGUAGCAUUAUCCAGCCAUAGCAACGCUACUUCUGUCAUGCCACAUUGAUGGUACAGCAAGAGUCAUAAGAUUAGGUAAAAAUCAAUACACUUUUUCAUCUAGGGCCAAGAAGGGAACGAACAAUGCAAAAAGGACAACUGAAUCGAAAAAGAUUAAAUCUGCAUCUGAGGAGCAAGAAGCCUAUAUACUACCUGCUUUCAAAAUGGUUGUUGAAAAGUGAUAGAGAGGAAAUGUCUAUCUUUUGAUUUAAAUUGUUUUCCUUAUUAGAGAGUUGUUACACUGUCUAUUAUAUCUAUAUGCUUUAGGAAAUGCCUGUUCCGUAGACUGCUUUAAUAUUUAACAGAUUAUGCUGAUAAAAACUAUUUGAAAAAACAUUUGUCCUGCAAUUUGUAUUAAAAAGAAAAAUAAGACCUGUUUGUUAAGGGUGAAAAUAAUGUAGGAAACUGGUAAAAACUCUGCCUAUCUGUAGUGUAGUUUUGUCAUAAAGAAAGCUGGUUUGGGGUGGGGUUUGUUUUGUUUUUUGUUUGUUUGGGUUUUUUGAGCAAUUGUACAACAGAAUUACAAUUUUAAGGAUCAAACAUCUGUACUGCAAAUGCCAAUUUUCAACAUGUUUAGAUGGAUAAUCUGCUGGAAUAGAUUACAAUCCUUUUAAAUUUGUUUACUGCAUAGAGCACUCUGAAUUUAUACCAUAUGCUAGUCAGUCUCAAUAAAAAUGUAUUUUCUUCUAUGUUGCAGGCUAAGAAUGUUACUGGUACAUGGUACCAAUAGGCACCAAAGAUUUCAGAAACAGAUUUAUUAUAUUUCAUAACAUUCAAGGCACUAAGAUUUCAGAAACUAUGGCAUUAAUGCACCUGUUCUUUAAGAAUAACUUGAUACCAUCUCAUUUUAAAAUAAAAAGUUUCAAAAUCUUGGCAUGUUCCAUGAAUAUCUAUUUACAAUUGAUUGGUAUGUUAUAGUUAUAGGGGAGCUGUAAGUUUCAGGACCUGCAAGGACUCUAAUCCUUGUUCUGCUUUUUUUAAAUUGUUUUUGCUCCUUUCAGUUGCCUUCCAUUUUCUGUGUCAAAUACUGUUAGUUGGUCUCCAGACGGAAGUCAGACUUUUACCUGUAUAUCAGCAGUGCCCUGUUUGCCAUUUGCUCCCCUCCUGCCUUUUUCCUUCCUACGUGCUAAGUUUAUGGAGUUCUCACUAAAUUGGUAGAGUUUUUGUUUCAACGUUAGAUGCAAUUUCUUCGUUUAGAAGAUACCAAUAGGAGGAUUUAAAUCAGUGCCUGCACCACAUAUGUUAAAGUGUAUUUUAAAGCGGCCUUAUUCCUGGGUAGAAAAGCCCCUUAUGGUAAAUCUUUUUCAAGGUGCCAGACUGAAAAAUCAGUAAAGUAGAUGGUAUAUUCUAGAGAACAAAGUUUAUAAAGAACUGUCUUAAUGCUUGACCAAAAUGAAUCUUUUUAAAAUAAGCUCUAGGCUGCAGUUGCUGAUUGCCUCAAUUAAGGAAUGUGGGGGAAAAGCAGAGACUGAAAAAUCAGAUGAUGGCUAUCCUGAAUGUUGCUAGACUAGAUGUCCAUCAAAAAUACACAGAGAAGAACAAGAUGUUGAAUAUACAAGCUUUAGUGAAUGGCUCUUUCUUAAACAGUCUUGCCCUCCUGAAUAUGAGGAUCAGAGACCAUCUGCAAAACAAGGUGUUGUUUGUCC